CGGUGGCCCUCAUCCCCGCCACCUGCAAGUGGAGCAGGGGGCGUGUGGUGUAAUCGCUCACCUAUAACGGGCGCGCACUACGCCAUGCCAUUCUAAGGACGCUUUGUGAUAAAUAUGAGGGGUAUAUGGCGCAGUGGGGAUGGUGCUCCGUAUGAUAAAGACUUUUAACGAUGAUGUUUGCAUGGUUUUCAGAGAAAUUAAACUCCACCCACACCGGCCGUAAGCGCUUCGGUGGCUUGGGGUCCCGCAAUCAGCGCGCAAACCGAGAAGAGGCGGACGGACGCGCAGCUCCGUUCGUCCGUGCGGCUGGGAAAGGACACUUCGCCGAGCGGCCGCACCGCGGCGACGCCCAUGCCGUGGGGCUGCUGCAGCGGGCUAUAAACGCAGGGUGCAGGAGCGUGUGAAGGGGCGGCACAUGACGGCGCACAUUUAAAGGUUUAUAAAGGAUUAUAGAGGAUGUGAGUGAGGGGCGACGCCUACGCUUCCACUUCAUCACGGACUUUCCUUCAUUUACCCUUUUCACUCUUCGCUCCUUUAUACCGGUGGAGAAAAACGAAUAACGGGAGACGGACAGAUAAGCCCGUGCUGCCGCUGCUGUAGGUGUUUCCCGGCCGUUUGCGAUGGCAGAAGGUUUCUUGCCCCUAAGCUGCCGGUGACAUGUGCAGCCGGACGGACGCGAUGGUUCUGGGCAGCUACUUCGCGCUGAUGCUGGCGUACAGCUGCGGGCUGCGGGUCCGAGCGGAGGUAAUCACUGAAGACAGCUACUUAAACACACUGCGGAGCACAGCCCCCCUAUCCUGCUCCGAGGGCUUCACUGAGCUUGGCUACUACAACGGCUCGGUGUCGCAGACGGACUCCGGGCUGCCCUGCCUGCGCUGGACCGAGUUCCCCGACUACGUGCAGCAGUACCCGGGCCGGGGGCUGGGCGACCACAGCUACUGCCGGAACCCGGACCGCGAAUCCAACCCCUGGUGUUUUUUCCGGCAGAGCUCGGGCGCCGUCGGCUGGGCUUACUGUGACUGCCACCAGGGUGCAGCCCGGCUGGUAGGCAGCUCCUCCCCCAGGAGUGGGCGUCUGGAGGUGUACCUGAAUGGCCAGUGGGGGGCCGUGUGUGACACCCACCUGACGGACCGCGACGCCAGCGUCAUCUGCAGCCAGCUGGGCUUGGGAGAUAUCGGCACGGCGCUCCAGCACUCCUAUUUCGGGCCUGGCACUGGUCUCUUCCACUAUGAGCGACUGGGCUGCCGUGGUAACGAGAACUCUCUGCUGGAGUGCCGGAGCAGGAAGUUUGUCACGGGAGACUGUAACCAUGGGAACGAGGCCAGCGUGGUGUGCGCCCCGCCUGAAGGUAACGGCGCCCCCCUGAGGCUGGUGGGAGGUCUGGAGGAGUUUGAGGGCCGCGUGGAGGUGUACUACAAUGGCAGGUGGGGCACCGUCUGCGAUGACAAGUGGGACGACGUCGACGCAGAGGUGGUGUGCAGGCAGCUGGGGCUGGGGGGCAUCCCGAAGGCCUGGUCCUGGGCCCACUUUGGCCAGGGUUCGGGCCCCAUCAUGCUGGAUGCGGUACAGUGCUCCGGGAACGAGCUUUCCCUGGAUGAGUGUGCCCAUGGCGGCUGGGAGCAGCACAACUGCGACCACAUGGAGGACGCUGGGGUGUCCUGCAGCCCCUACACCGAUGGGGUGGUGCGGCUGGUGGGGGCCGACAGCCCCUGGGAGGGCCGCCUUGAGGUGUUCCAUGCCGGCGACUGGGGCACCAUCUGCAGCCGCAACUGGACCGGCCUCCAGGCCCAGGUCGUGUGCCGGCAGCUGGGCUUCAGAGGGCGAGCUGAGGUGGCCCCAGAUGGCACAUUCGGCGAGGGUGCGGGCCUGAUCCUGCUGGACGGUGUGCGCUGUACGGGCACUGAGCUCUCCCUGCUGGACUGCGAGCAUGGUGUGUGGGGCCGGCACGACUGCAAGCACACCCAGGACGUGGGGGUGCACUGUGAAGACGGAGCGGAGACCAAUCAUAUCCCGGCUGGCCCACCAGUCUCAGGCCCUCUGAUCCGCCUGGUCGGCGGAAGGAGCCGGAAGGAGGGUCGUGUGGAGGUACUGGUGGACGGUCAGUGGGGCGUUGUGUGUGAAGACGGCUGGAACGAUCGCACCGCCCAGGUCAUCUGCCGGCAGCUGGGGUUCGGCGGCGUCUCCAAGGCCCGCCCUGGGGAGUACUUCAGAGAGGAGAGCAGGGCUGUGCGCUGGGGCCGCGUGCGCUGCUCGGGACGAGAGGCCGCGCUGGGGGACUGCCCCGUCAGAGGGCACGGUGUCCUCGACUGCAAGAGCGGUGGCCCAGGUGUGACCUGCGAUCACACACCAGGGACGGAGGACGUCGGUGCUGAGGAGGGCCGACAGUCAUGUGGCAUGAGGCCUCAGAUCCUACACCGUGGGAAGAGGACCGAGGCAGAGGAGGAAUCCCUGGAGUCACUGAGUGAGUCGUGGCCCUGGCAGGUCUCCCUCUGGCCGGUGUCCCAGCCCACAGGGGGCCACCCGCUCUGCAUCGCCACUCUCAUAGAUCCCUGCUGGGCUCUGACUGCAGCGCACUGUUUCAAGAGGUUUGGCAGGGAUCCCUCCAGCUACCUGAUGCAGCUGGGUGGCCUCGGUCCCAGGGCCCGCAGCCUGACCCCUGAGCGCAUCAUCAUCCACGAGAAGUACCGGAGCGCCCCCGCACAGGGCUGGGAGUAUGACAUCGCCCUCCUGAAGCUGCCGGGGGCGGAGGGCAGAUGCGUGACGUUCGACCUGCGCAGGAACGCGGCCUGCCUCCCCGCCACCUGGAUGGAGGCCAGGCACCAGCGGCCGGACGUCUGCAUCAUCACGGGCCGGCCUGCCUCAGACUCGGGACGCCCCAGCAGUGCCCUCCAGUCUUGGGCACCGCUCCUGCCAGCUUGGAAGUGCAAGGAUCGCUAUGGCGACCGUUACUCCAGCCGCAUGCUAUGUGUGGGCAGCCUGCCAGCCGGCCGGCGGGCGGAGGCAUGCCACGCCGACGACGGCGGACCCCUGGUGUGCCACGGCGAAGGCGGGCGCUGGAUUCUCACGGGGGUUGUCUCUUGGGGCCGCGGCUGCGCCGAUCCAGUCUUUCCGGGGGUGUACACACCUGUGGCCCGCUUCCUGCACUGGAUCGAGCAGGUCACAGGCCACCCUGCAGAGAUCUGAGUGUGGCAGGUGCUGGGUCAUGUGACUCUGUGGGACUCUGUGAUUGGGCAGAGGGCUGUAGGGAGGGGCUUGCGGGGCUGCUCUUAGCGUUUGCUCUCAGGCUUGGCCGCCUGGUCUCUACUGACCGGGCCAGACAAUCUCUAUCUCGCUAAUUCCAUCCCAUUGCAGGACAAAUCAAUUCGGCCGCAAAAACAGCCUGUAAUAUUAGUAUUGAUGUUGAGAAAUAAGCAUGAUUAGGCCUACAUGUCCCCAGGAGCAGAAGGUCACACAGCAGGUGGACGUAACAUGACACAGUGUCUAUGAACCUGUCAGCCAAAUGAUCUUUGCUUGGUUAUAACAGAUAAAAUAGUUUGCACUUGCUAACACAGGUCGGCAUUUAGUAAAACAGCAGAAUGAAAUGUCUGCCUCUCUACAUGAAUCUGCCAUCUGCCAGCUGAGAUCUGAUGCUUUGAUGGCUGCAGCAGAUACUUUAAUGGUGCCCCCCCCCCAGACGUCCCCAACUGAGGGCAGGUGGUACUGAGCCGUGGCCGUCCCUGUGAGGAAAAGCCAGUAACUGGUUUGGCGCGCUUGUAGAAACCUCUUCUCGUGUCUUGUGCAUGUGUUUUAUGACGUUUCUGCCUCGCCCCGGUUUCUCCCCGGUUGUGGGUGCCCCCCCCCCGACCUCCCCCACCUCCACGCCGUCUGCUUUUCAGGCACCUGGGAACUCACUCAGGCCUGAGAUCGAUAACGUCUGACGCCCGCCCCUUUAGAUUAUUCACUCAGGCCUACACGCGGAACAUUCCGGUUUAUUUUUGGGGAAGGUCCAAAAUCAAUAGUGGAGUCAAUUGUGAAUCACUACAAAGACGCAGAGUCUAUAAUAUGGGCUGCAAAGAUGGCGCCGGGGUGGAAUCCUCGCCCCAAACCCCCUUCAGUCCUUCUGACCUCUAACUAGGCGGCUGACAUUACAAUGUCCUAACCUUUCCCCCACCGGAGGACACGCCUCCACAUGGUCGGUCAUGUGACACACUCACAGCCAAUGGCCAGAGCUGAUCUUUUGAGACCUUCACUGCCCUUCCAAUGACCAGCUUGAGAGGAGUGCAGACCCCACCUCCCAGAGAAGGCAGACCACCUGGCGACAGCUCCGAGACACGCGUUCCUGCCCCUGUCCCCGAGAGACGCGUCCUGUGGGUCCUGGGCGUCGUGCAUCAGCGAGGGGGUCCUGCUUGUGGUACAGAAUUAGCCUAAAAGUCAGCAAUGGCCUGUGAGGGUUCAGGCUGAUUUUUUCUCGUCUAAAGCCAUUAAUCGUCUGAUUUUUCCAAAAAUAAAACCUUUGCUUGCACAAAAGUGUAUUAUAGAUAACCCACCUGAAUUAGCCAUUCAUUUAUCCAGUUCAAAUAGAGCUACAUUUGAGCUACAUCAGUUCUUAAAUCUAGGUGGUACUUUAUCUAAAACCAUCAGUGAGUGUACUCAUUUUCAAAUAGUUUUGUAACUGAUUUCCAUGUUUAAUUAACUUGCAUUUUCAUAGUUCAUAUUAAUGUUAUGUGGAAAGUGAUUCGUGCUUCACAACCAAACUGAUAAUAUCGUUAGAAUGCAAAGGCAGUUUAAUUGUUUUUUUUUCUACUUUCCUAGAAUAAUUAACACAUACAAAUGUGAACCCCCAGCAGGUGGCAGUAUAAUCUUUGUGUUUGACGGGAAAUUUACUGUCUAAUUUAGUGUAGACAGUUUAGUUUGAUUAAGUUUGUGCAUUAUAUUGUAUCAUCAUCCCAACAAAAGGUUUUAAAAUAGUACAAUGUUCAUGCUUAUCUUGUUGCCUGAGCAGAAAGAGUGUAAUCUAUACUACAGUCUAUAAUUACAAAUGGUAGACGACAGGACAGCGCUGUUUCUUAAAUGAUUUUGUUUAUACACUUUGCAGGUGUUGUGUCUUCUUACUUACUCUCCCUUUUCUAUUUAAUGUUAUAUAAUUUUGUGAUACGUGUUUUUCUGUCUGAUUAGAGAGCGGGUGUUUUGGGAAGGGCUUCUAUUUAUUUAGGAAUUACUACUUACUGGUGUAAAAGUAAUCACCUGUUGUUGUGUUUCUGGGGACGAGUGACAUCUUAUAUACCAGGAGCUGUAGGGCUGUUGCGAGCGGGGGGGGGGGAGCUAUGUUCAUACACUGAGAUUUGAACUAAGGAGGUCAGGAUUAUGGCUAAGGGUGCAGUACAGGGGCUCGAAGGAGGCUGGAUGGUGAUUAUCACCUUUAGGGUGAUACUGGGUGACAGGAAACACCUUUGCAGAAAGACCCAGGUCUCUCCUUACAUCUCUGGAACUUCAGAACGAGAUUUGCUCAUUGCUGCCUUGCUGUUGUCCUCUUGUUCCUGCUGUUGCUCAUGAGUCAUGCUGAAUGGGGAAUUCAGGAAACGGACGGCGCUUCGUGCCAGAAGAUUGUGAGCCGCUCUGCUCCUCUGCUUGCCAGAGCACCUGUUGGUCUCCCCAUGGAUCAUUAUUCUGACCCAUCUCCUCCAUCCUGAAACCUCUGGCUACACAGAACCUUCAACUCCUCCAAGAGAGACGCUUUGUUUGAGGGAGCCCCGAUGCCUGCUGCAUGCCAUGCGUAGUGCGCCCCCUACUGGCCUUCAUAGUCAUUGUGCUUGUGCUGCCAUUUGCCCCUCAGUGGCUUUGUACAAAUGCUUCUAGUGUCCCUUUGUGAGAGAAACUCUCAAUAAAGUUACUCCUGCUUGUCUUUGCAAA